AUGCGAGCACAGGCGAGAUACUCCGGUCCGGUGUGGUCGGCUGCAAUCGGCUGCGAACAGGCCUCAGAUGGCGCUGCCUUGAUGUGCGUGCGGUCCGCCGGUGCGAGUCCGUCAACGCCGCGCAUGCCACUGCGCCUGCACGCCGCGCGCGUCCGCGUGCCCACUCGCGAGCUCUGUGCGCUGUGCGCCGUGCGCCGUGCACGUGCCCACUUGUGUGCGUGCGCCAGACGCCAAGACUCAACUGGCCGGCUCGACGAGGCUGACGUCGAUCGAUGCGCUAUUCCGCCGCGGCAUCCACUUCAUAGUCCAUUCGUGCUGACUCGCUGUAGUUUUGCUGGUGCGAUUUGCCGCGGCGACUUUACGUGCCGACCUGCGGAUACUCAGGCCAGUAGACAGACACAGCCUCGCCAGCAGUCAGCACAUGCGGCACUCGUAGACAGCAGCAGGGUCAACGCAAAUGCGCACGUCGCAGUCGCGGUCAGGCCUGGCGGGUGGGCAUCGAGUGACUGCAUUGCGGCCAUCCCAGCCGGGAGGACACGAGCACCGGUCGAAGCAAACAGACAGCAAUUUGGGCGCAGUCAGAGGACAGAUCGACAACCGACGUUAUGUCAGUUGGCUGAUGCACUAUUCAGUCUGGCGCAAAAUCGAGACUGCGGCGUGGACAUGCAAAUUCCUCGACGAAGCCCUCCAGUCAAGGCGGUCUCGACCGACAACCCGGUACUCACACACACACACACACAUACACGCAAAAGCAGCCAAACUGACCGACACGUCCGCACGCACAGGGAACAAGGGAAGAGGGCUAAAAAGGAAAUGUCGCCGUCUUGGCGAUCGCGCCUGAGUUGCACCGCGAGGUCGUUGCCUCGGCCUCGGGACAACUCGACUGGCCUUAGACCAACCGGUCAGUCGGUCGGCCGGGCCGGGCCGUCGCCACGCCUGAUCCGGAUCCUGCUCCGUCGGGCGACCUCUCCCGUUCGGCGUCGGCCAAUCAGAGCUGAGGUCAUAGUAGGCGGUCGCUUUACGGGUCGCCUCAGGCCGGCAAACCGUUGCUCUCGGCUCAACUCACCUGUCCCGGUUAAAAUGAAGUUUGAGGUUAGUUCAGCUUUCAUUUCGAUUGAAGAGACGAGUGUUAGGGAAUGGUAUCGUCUUGGAAAGCAAGUUUUUCCGCAUACAAAUUCAAGAUUGGCGCUGAGACUGUCACACUGGACGAUACUAGCUACUUCCGAUGUGAGUAGUAGAGCGUAUUGGAAAGAAAAAUUAGUCCAUUUUUGGGCAGAGUGA